AUUUUUAACAGAAGAUUCAACUAUCAAAAAGAAGAAAAAAAAACCUAACACAAAAAUCAAAUUUCUUCUCAAGUACAAAAAUAAUCAUGAGAACACCAUGUUGCCAUACAUUCAUAGCAUUCAUUCUGAAAUUCCUAAUUUUUUUCCAAACUUUUAUUGGAAUCUCAAUCAUAAUCUACUCUUCUUUUAUGCUUAGUCAAUGGCAAAAACACUCCCCAAAUCCCCCUCUCUCUCCUCCGCCUUCACCUUUUUCUCCCUCUCCAUCUCCGAUUUCACCGGACUCCGCUUCCGAUAUUUUUACUGCUUCUAAUCACAUCUUCCUUUUCAAUUUCGGUUAUGAUCCAAUCACUAGUGUAUAUCAUUCCGUCCAUCUCCAAUCCAAUCCGAUUCCCGCCCCCUGGUUCAUAUAUGCAUUCAUGGGAUUGGGUGUUGUACUGUGUUGCAUCUCUUGCAUCGGGCAUAUUGCAGCUGAAGCAAUCCAUGGGUGCUGCCUUUGCGUUUACACCAUUCUAAAAGUUACAUUGAUCCUGCUUGAGGUGGCCUUAGUUGCAUUCAUUGCACUUGAUCAUCGUUGGGAAAAGGAUCUACCAGAAGACCCAACAGGAGGAAUUGAUAACAUCCGGGAAUUCAUAGAAGACAACGUUGAUAUUUGUAAAUGGAUCGGCAUUGCUAUUAUUGUAAUCCAGGUUCUGUGUAUACUUCUUGCUGUAGUGUUGCGAAUGAUGGUAUCUGUACAGAACACAGAGGAUGAUUUGGAGGAAGGUUCUGGAAGAGGGAGAGCAUGGGAGCCCCUACUAAAUCCACAUACAACCCAAGCAUCAGGGUCAACUAGUGGGGACAGUAAAGCUUUUCAUUCCGACAUCUGGAGCUCGCGGAUGAGAGAAAAGGCGGUUGGGUGACGGCUCAAAACGACUAGUGAGAUGUUGCAAAGCAAGUCUGACUAGUAUGGAUUGAAUGGCAAUCAGUCAAAUCAGAGUGCAUAAUAGCUGACAUGAAGUCUAAGCACUAAACUAUGAAGCAUUUCAUCUCCGACUAGUUGUGGAUGUUCUGUGACAAUGGUAACCCCCAAUGAUAUUCAAUGAAUGUCACACACUGUCAAAUUGAUUUGUUUGCCUAUUUGAUUGAGAACGGUUAGUUUUGCUAAAGGUGCAAUGAUUUACCGCAUCAUGUUUGUGUUUGUUCUUUGUAUAGCUAAAAAAGUGAGCGUGGGACCAUUUUCUAGCUUCUUGCCCUAUUUCAGGCAUCACCGACACCUUUAGUUUAACAUCUACUGGUAUUUGCCAUUAACUGUGUUGUACUAUAAGCAUUCAUAGAUGUACAUCUGUGGUGAUGAACCUAUGAUGUUAGCCCCCAUUAACAUUGUAUAUAAUCUUUGUGCUCGGGUGUGUGUUUUGUGCUAUUGUAUUUGAAGAGACUAAAGAAAUCAAUUGAGUUCAUAAAUGAAGUUAUUUGUUUUCUUUC